AUGAGCAAAAGACCACUUGACGAUAGUGAUGAUGGAGGGGAUAUUGAAAGCAAAAGAACGAAACUUGUUGGAGGUAUAGGAGAGAUUGAUUUGACUCAGAGGCCGGCUUCUCGAGGACCUGCAAAUCCAGUAUUAUUUUGUUCUCCUUGGCAUGACGUAUCGUUUUGGAAUGAUGCAACGGGCCCAACAUCUGAUGGCUCGCCUGAAGAGGAUAUGAUCGUGGCUCAGGUGGCUGAGUACCAAAAGACCCAUCUCAAGGGCUUUUCAAUCUCAAUGUUGGAUGAUUUGGGAGCCUGGGUACGUUUUAGAUUUUCGAAUAGUCUUAUCAUACUUCCGUCUUCAAAGCAAGAGAGUUACCCCUUCUGCUUCCCGCGGUAUGCCUUGGGAAAAGCAAACUAACCACAAUACUGCGUUUAGAGAAUUUACGGCCCCAUGAAAAAUAAUCUUACAUGCCCAAUACAUCGUUUGUAUCGAAAAGAGAACUGGUAUCAGGAGAAGCCAUUCCAGAUCAUUCCUGUAAAUGACUAUUUUGGGGAUUGGAAUGUAGAUAAUCCUCUUGUGUGGAAAGCCAUUGAGCCGGUUUUACGUUUAGCAACACGCUUGCUAGUCAGUGCUCAAUUUUCGGGUGUUUGGUAAUGGUAUUCUAUCUAUCUAGCUGAUACUAAAUAUACUGUACUAAUAACCUGUACUAACAAUCCCCAGGUUGGAUGGGCUUUUGCACGGCCCAAGGGAUCACAUCCCACAAACGGAAAUUGACACUCGACAGGGACCCGAGUGUGCAGCAAGCGACGGCAAUUACGUUUUUCACAGGUCAGACAAGUCGAAUUUCGAAAAAGCGCAAAAUGAUAUUGCAAACACUAUUGCGAACUACCGCCAUGAUAUAAAAGUUUCAUUCGGGAACGAAAGUAACCUGAAGUCUGCGUGGGCUUAUGUAAAGAAAGUCCAGGAUCCAGGGCAACCAGAACGGAUUGAGACAACAAUGCAUCUUAACGCACUAGCAGUGAGGAACUUAGUUAUGUCGUUGAGUAUUCAUGAAUCACAAAAAAGUGUUCAGAGAUUCUUUUUAGCGGCUCAUGUAAGUCAGAACAAAAUACUUAGGUACAAAAUCUGACAAUUCGCCUAGCUCGUUCACGAAACUAUGGUAAAUGUGUUGCGUAUUGCUCCCUUUUUUGCUCUAAUGUUGUUUUAGCAUGCUCUAGGAGCUAGUGCUCAUGCACAGCGUCCAGACUUGAAAAGUCUAGAUGAUGGAGGGCCCCCUGAGUUCCAGGGGACGGACAAUCAAGAGGGAUCAAUGAGAAGUGAAGGAAAGAGUUGGGAACCCGAACCGGUAAGGAGCUACCAAUAGAUUUCUUCUAUCUAAUUUUGACUCUGUUGGUUUUUUGAAGACCAGGAGACUAGCGAACUGGGGAGAAGCUGGGAGCAUACUGUAAUGGAUCCCUACCCAAUUUUGUCAUCUCAACGUACGUGCUAAGAUAUGGUAGCAAUUUGGAGGAGCGCGACUUCCCCUCUACACAGGAGACCGUAAGUCUUAGUUCCCUUGUGAUAGGACUCCUCCCUAGGUGAAUACUAAAUACCAGGGACUACUCAAUCUCACCGCAUUCCUCUGGCACGUCUUUAUACAGUCCGACCCUCCAAUGUCCCCAAAAAGUUAAAGAGAAAGCAAUACUAAUUUUCUUGUGACAGAGGAACUGAUUUUGGGACAUGUUGUCGGACCCAGGUACCCAAACUGGACAGACUAUUAUUAUAUGCCACGUUACAUAGCUAUGCGAUGGAGAAAGCCAGAAAACUUUGAAGCUGGGUCACAUGCAGACUAUUUCCCAAUUCCUACCAAAUACCAGGAGGAUAUGUAGCAGCAGACGUUCUGGCAAGCAUAUGUACCCGCAAUAGGUCAGCCCGCGUUUCGAAUUCCCCUUAUAUGGGGAGUACGUAUAACUCGCCCGGCUGGGGAAAUCCCGAAGUCCCAAGGAUCAAUAACGCCUCAAUCGAUUGCCGGACCUGACUUGAAAGAGUAUAAUGUUGGGGCUGCCGCUAGAUUACCCCGUCCACCAGGGCCUCUAACCAAAGAAUUAAAAGAUUGGUGGAAUCAAAACAAUCGUCGUGUGAGGGAAUCUGCUUUUAAAGCAGUACUUCGCAACAAUCAAAUAGAGAAACGAGAUGCACGAUGGGCAUCUCUUGACGAACAAUUAGAUGAAGCAAUUGAGGCAUUAAGACGGAAUGACGAGAAGGGGGCGGCAGAGGCCAUUCAAAAAGUCGAAAAAUGCGACAAUACGAGGAUUAAUAUACGGAGGGGAAUGUUGAUAUACGGAUUUCAUAAGCGCUACCCAUCAUCACCACACUUUUCAAAAGCUACUGCUAUGAAGGAGGGUGCCGCAGCUGGAGAAAGCUUCCGGGAGUGGGUAUAUAAGGAGGUAGUGUUCUAUCAGGAUUUGGAAAAAACAAAUGUGAAUCCGAAUAACCCCCUCUUCCUCCUUGACAGCGAUAGGGUAGACAAAAUAUAUCAACAGGUCGUUGCAAUAUUUGAGACGACCGGUUUGCUGGAUGCUAUUGAGUUGGACUCGCGGACAUAA